AUGAGCCUUCCCAGGAAAGUACCUACUCCAACACCACCUGCAAAAGGAUCCUUUCCACUUGAUCAUGAAGGACAUUGCAGAUAUGAAAUGUUGAAAUAUAUGCUUUGCUUAAAUGAACAUGAGCAAAGAAUUGGUGAGUGUCGAGACUUUGCAAAAGUUUAUUUACAAUGUCGCAUGGACAACGGAUUAAUGCAACAGGAGGAAUGGAAAUAUCUCGGUUUCUCAGAUCAGAAUGAAACGUAA